GUGUUUUGCGUAAGUUGCUUGUAGCAGUUUUGAGAGCUUGGAGAAGAAUGGAAAGCGAAACCUAAUGUGAUCUGUACCUAGUUCGCAACAUUCCGCAUUUACGCGCGUUUUCUUUUUCCUUUCACUGCUGAUAUCACUUUCCCAAACACGCUCUCCAAAAGACAUGUCUCAGGAUCAUCUCGUCUAGUGGAGUUUAUUGACCCACACACUUGCAAAAGGCGAACGGAGACAACAAGUUGCUGGAGUGUGGUCGGUCUAGUUCAAGUGCAGGUCUCACAGUGUUUAGUCAGUGCAUGAGUUUGGGCCUCGUUUGGGAAGUCUGCGUCUAGUUUAAUGAUCUCUUACCUUCAUUUGUUUUUGAGAUGCAGUGCACAGACUAAGCCUUUGGUAUUGUUGUGACGUUACAUCCAGUCAGCUGACGUCAUCCUAAAACGUGCACCCAUCCCAAUUACCAAGCCAGACGCUACGCCCUUCUCACCUCCCACCCCUGCGCUAUGAGCAGAGGUAGAGGAGGGUAUCACAAAGAUUGUCAGCGAUUCUCUCUCCCUCCCCAACAGGGAAAACCUCGGUUUCAUUCCCACCAAACUACUAGUCACCCACGUGGCCCUCGUGUCCAAAGCACAGACUCUGUAUCUGACAGUUAUCCUCACGGUUCCUUUUACUCCACCCACCCAGCUGCUCCUCGCGUGCCUCCACGUGGUGGUCCUUUUCACCCUAGCCCCUCUGAUCCACCCCUGUGGGCAUCCCCUCGGCACGGCAGUGAUCAGAUCUUCGACUCAAAUAGUCUAAGCUUCCGACAACACCAGGUGCAGUUCCUCAGGGGGCAGAGUGCACAGGCUCCGCAAUUUAAAGCACCCCAGCAGCUUGGAUCCCAAACCUCCAGCCUAGGGGAAGAGGUCUCUACUGGGCCUACCCAGUACCAGGCAGGUUAUCGUGACUUCAAAUCAAGUGGUAGCAGUUUUGGAAGAAGAGAAGGCUACGGCAGAGGCCAAGGAAACUGGCAAAGGCAGCAGAACUUUGGAAAUACACCUGGACCUAAGAGAAAGUCACACUGGAAUCACUAUCUCCAGAAGGGACAGUAUUAUCCCAAUCAAUACACUAAACACUACUGGAAUACACAAGUAGAUGAUGUGUCCUCGGACCUUCAUAAUCUGAGUUUGGGUGACCGGGUAACAAGGGUAGACACCUCUGACACCUCAUCCUGCAGUAGCCUUUCCAGCAAGGUUUCCAGUUCUCCCAGCUCGGUCAGAGAGUCUCUGUAUUUCACCCCUGAGAUCCAGCAACAGGUCUUCACUUUUUUGACGUCACUUGGGCCAGACGAGACCAUUCAGGCCAGGGUCUUGGGUAAAAAGCUUGGGCUUCCCAAGAAGAUUGUUAAUAAGGCUUUAUAUGCCCUCUUAAGGACAAACCAAGCAGUAAAACAAGGUGACAGUCCUCCUCUGUGGAGACUCCGCAAGGAAAAGGACAGUGAGCCCAUCAAAGAGAGAGACCAAACACAGUUUUCAAAGGAUUCUGAGACAAAGCCAGGUCAGAAGUCAUCCAUAAAACAAGAGGCUACAGGGGAUCUCAUCAGCACCAGUGAUCCCUCUGCAUCAAAGCUCCUUGUUGAGGCUGAUAGCCAUUCCACUGACCAGUCAGAGGACUCAGAAGGGGAAGAUACCUGUGAAACGUUGCUUCCUGACCAGGUUCAAAAGACUCUUUUACCUUCUGUGCACUCAGUAACCUUGCCAACAAUGGCCGAUACGAAAGAUAGCAAAGAGAAGAUCCUACAGUACCUGUAUGAAGCAGGUACAAGCAAUGCGCUUGUGAUUGCGAAGAACCUUGGCCUGCGAAGUGCAAAGCAGGUAAAUCCCACACUCUAUGCAAUGGAGAAACAAGGUGACGUAAGGCGUGACUCUGAAGUUACACCACAUACCUGGUCACUUAGUGUACACCGGCAGGAAAAGAUGGACCGCCAACGAAAAGUCGCUGCAAAUGCAAAACAGGAUGAAAACAGUGCAGAGAUGUUAAGCUUUGCAACAGAAGCAAUUGCAAGCGUAAAUGAUACACUGGAGUUUUUAAGUGGUACUGCAACGGAGCCGAUGGAUGGUGGUGAAAGUCUAUUGGAUGAGAUUUUAGGCAACAACACAGAGCUUGACAUGCCUGGCCUUGAGGUAAUGCCACCCAAACCCAGUGAACCUUCCUUUCCACCCCACUACUUCCAACCUCCUUCCCAUCAGUUUUCCUACUAUCAGGAUAUGGCCAGUAAUGGAGGAGAACGUUCACAGUGGGCAUCUGACGACAUUCCGGAAUUCCUGAACACGAUUCGCUCUGAGGUUGCCGUUUCAUUGGCUGCUCCUCUUCACCCAGCCCAGAGCCUGGAGUCAAGCAGAUUGCAGAAACUGAAAGAGGCCCGCAGUAAGAACCCAGUUAGCGGACUGAUGGAGUUUGCUCAGCAAUUUGGACACUCUUGUGAAUUCCUACUUCUGGACCAGUCUGGACCCUCACAUGAGCCCAGGUUUCGGAUGCAGGUCAUGCUAGAUGGUCGUAGGUUUCCACCGGCUGAGGGUCCAAACAAAAAAGUGGCCAAAAAAGAUGCCGCAGCCAUAACCCUGAAGAUUCUUUGGAAGGAGACGGAAGGAGCAGGUGAUGGCGAAGAGGAAGAACCGAGUAUUGAGGGAGCUGAGUCAAACACUGACCCGGCAGAUGAUAUGCAAGGUGGUACAGAUACUCCGCCCCAGGCUCUGGCUCGGUCUUUACCUGGAGGAAAGAACCCCGUAUCUGUUCUAAUGGAGCAUAGCCAGCGCAGUGGGCAUGCAAUCCAGUUUAUCAAGACAGGACAGGAAGGGCCACCCCAUGAUCCACGGUUUAUGUUCCGCGUAAAGGUUGGGGAACGUCUCUUCCAAGAAGCCUCAGCACCCAGUAAGAAAGCAGCGAAGCAGCUGGCAGCGGAGGAGGCCAUGAAAGAGCUGAUGGGAGAUGGACUACUACAUCUCAACAAGCCUCCAGGUACUUUCUGCCCUGUGGGAGACAAUGAGUCUCAGCCAGCGAUUCCCGCAUGCCCCUCGCUACCCCCUCUGACGGCAGCUGAGCUCCAGGCGGCCCAUGAAGCAGGUGUGGGUGACCUUAUUAACUACCUGAACAACAACGCUGUGUCCGGCCUGCUGGAGUACGCCCGUGCUCGAGGCUUCGCUGCUGAGAUCAGCCUGGUGGGCCAGUCUGGACCCUCGCACGAGCCCAAGUUUACAUACCAGGCUAAAUUAGGAGGGCGGUGGUUUCCUGCAGUUUGUGCAAGUAAUAAAAAGCAGGGGAAGCAGGAGGCGGCGGAUGCUGCUCUUCGAGUGCUCAUUGGAGAAGCUGAGAAAGCAGCACGUACUGGAGAGCUCACGCCAGAGCUGCCUGUGUCAGGCAGUACGAUGCACGAUCAGAUCGCCAUGCUAAGCCAUCAGCGCUUUAAUGCCCUCACAGCACGCAUCCAGCACAGCCUUCUGGGUAGGAAGAUUCUUGCUACCAUUGUGAUGCGGAAAGGAACAGAUACUCUCGGAACCGUUGUCAGCCUCGGGACAGGAAACCGCUGUGUGAAGGGAGAGGAGCUUAGCCUGCGAGGGGACACCGUUAAUGACUGCCACGCAGAAAUCAUCUCCAGGAGAGGCUUUAUCCGGUUUUUAUACGGUGAACUGAUAAAGCAUUGGGAAAGCCCUGGUGAUGAGACUAUUUUUGAGUUGGCAGACGAUGGGAAGCUGAAGAUCAAAUCCGACAUCACCUUUCAUCUUUAUAUUAGCACUGCUCCAUGUGGCGAUGGCGCUCUGUUCGAUAAGUCAUGCAGCGAGGCCGCCGAAUUAGACGGCUCUCAGCACAUGCCUCUCUUUGAGAACGUUAAACAGGGCAAGCUCAGAACCAAGGUGGAGAAUGGCGAAGGCACCAUCCCAGUGGAGUCCAGUGAUAUUGUGCCCACCUGGGAUGGCAUUCAGCACGGUGAGCGUCUGAGGACCAUGAGCUGCAGCGACAAGAUCCUGCGCUGGAACGUGCUCGGCCUACAGGGGGCGCUCCUUAGCCACUUCAUCCACCCCGUGUAUUUGCGCUCGAUCACUCUUGGGUAUCUCUACAGCCAUGGUCACCUGACUCGAGCAGUAUGCUGCCGAUUGGCUAGAGAUGGGGACGUGUUCAAAAAGAGUUUACCAGCAAACUUUACUCUUAACCACCCUGAGGUGGGCAGGGUGAGUGUGUAUGACUCAACACGCCACACAGGUAAGACCAAAGAGUCCAGCGUUAACUGGAGUCAGCCAGACCAGUUUACUGUGGAGGUGCUGGAUGGCACCAAGGGCAAAGUGGACAGUCCCAAGAUGGAGAUAUCGCGGGUUUCCAAGUCCAAUCUGUUCCGUCUCUUCCAAGCUUUGUGCCAGCAUGCAGGCCGGGCCGAUCUGUUGGCACAACCGUCCUACGCCCACGCGAAGAUGGCCGCCACUUCAUUCCAGGAUGCCAAGAGGCUGUUCUUCCUGGCCCUGAGCCAACAUGGAUAUGGAUCCUGGAUCGGGAAGCCCUUGGAAGAAAAAAGUUUUGAGGGAGAAGACGCAAGAGGAGGAAGCGGGGACAGACAGGCACCCGGCCCACCAGGUUGCACUGUUGACCCCCAUAGCUGCUCGGGCUCAAAUAACAACAAUUUUAACCCCGUGGCACAGAGCUUUUAGGGAUCGAGAGAACAAAUGAAGGGCUGGAGGGAGUAGAAGAGUGGCCAGCAGCAAGAGAGAAAGAAUAUGAGGUUUGUCUUGUAGAGAGGGAGUACCAGGGUAAGCCUGUGGCUUUGGGAUUUGAACUGUAACCAUCAUGACAAAGCAGAAACGGAUGCUUCCAUGGCAACUGAGCUAUAAACCCAAGGCAGAUUGGACUUGAUGAGACAUGAAGAAGUAGUUUGUUUUUUGUUUGUUUUUAGAAAGCUAAAACUACAGGGUUGCAUUUGUUUUAGAGGCUUUCCCUCUCAUUUUUUCCCAUUUGCUAGCAUCACAAUACUGUGUUAGGUGAAUGCGUGGCCACAUUGCUGUAGGGAAGUUCUGUUUCUUUUUCUCUCAUCUGUUUUAUUCAUGAUACAUUUAGGUGUUUCACACUCAAUAGAAUGAUACAAAUGAUAGGUGAUGCUGGUCAGGUCAUGUAUUUAGAGACAUUCAAUUAAAGUGGUUUAAAGAGUUCGUUCACUCAAAAAAAAGAGAAAAUUGUCAUCAGUUAUUCACAGUCAUGUUUUUCCAAUUCUGCUUGCUUUUAUUUAUUCUUUUCUUCUUCUUUGGAACAUGAAAGAAGAUCUUUUACGAAAUCGCUGAUGUUUUUGUAUGUACAGAAGAAGUCAAUGUUCAACAGGUUUGGUUAUCAGCAUUAUUAAAAAUAUCUUAUUUUGUGUUCUUGAGAUAUAAAGAAAUGUAUACAUGUUUAGAAUGACAUGACCGUGAGCAAAUAAUGAUAGAUUUAACGUUUUUGGGUGAUCUAUCACUCUUUAAGUUGAUCAUCAUACACUAUAACUUCUCUAAUCCCCUUCGUGAACUUCUGUAUUUAAAUGCAUUUUAAUUUUUUUGUUUUAUUUUGUUUUUUUGCAGUAUGUGAUGUUCCACAUACAAACCUGGAGUAGAUUGCUUGAAAUGUAUACAUAAUGUACAUACAGAUACGUAUGCACACAGAUGUAUAUAUAAGGUCUGCUGAACGAGUUUAUAUAUAUGGGUGUGUGUUUAUGUAUGUGUAUAUAUUGUAUGUAUAUAUUUUGUACUGAUUCGUAACUUUGAAAUAACAUUAUUUUCUAUCUUUUAAUUUUUAGGAUGUCUUUUUAUAUGAGGUGUGUAUGCUCUGUUUUCACUCUUGUUUACGUGUGUUGUUUGAGAGGCUCAUGGUAGAUAUUGCAUGCAGCCAAAUACAGUCUACAUUCUGAUUGGUGAUCGCUAUAGUGGGCAGAUAAACGGCACGAAUCAAUCAUAUGCACAUUUGUAUGUGUGUGUACCUGCAUCUUUGUGGAUAUAAAUUGUUACUUGGAAUAUUAUUUGCCCUGCUAAUGUUUAAUGUGUUCAGACACCUUUAAUUGAUGCACUGCUUCAAGUAUAAAGCAAUACUGACAUUUCUCUCUUUUCAGCAAAUGUGAAUCUGUAUGCCUCCAACAUCUGUAUGCCUACUCAAACGUUAUUUUAAGAUUUGUUCUGUUCGGUUUAAAGUAAAGAAUAUUUUCUUUU